UGAUGUUGGUGUUGGUGUUGGUGUUGUCCUGUUAUGGUAUGGUUUAGGAAAAGAAAGGAUAAACAAUUAUUGCACGUACAUUUGGUGUAUUUUGUUUAACUUGUAUGAUUGUGUGUCUGUAGUAGACGAUUUGGCUGUUGUCUUGGAAGUAGAUGCUUGUUGUUUUGGUUUGGUUAAGUGUUUAGGAAAAGCUUGGAUAAAAUCCAUCUUGUUGUUGUUGUUGUUGUGUGUUUGUAGUCAAAUAAAUGUUUUUUUUUCUGUUGUUGUCCUGGUAUGGUUCAGGGUUUAGGAGUACAUAUCCAAUAGAUGAUUUUUUUGUUCUUGUCCUAGUAUUUAUCUGGUUCUGUUUAUAGAAGCUAUGUCCAACAGAUUUUUAGUUGUUGCAACAAUUUCUACACUUGUGCCAACAAGAAAAAAUAUGUUGCAACAACUACAAAUCUGUUGGACAUAGCUUCAGUUUUUUGGUUCUGUUUGUAGAAGAUAUCCAACAAAUUUUUAGUUGUUGCAACAAGUAUACAAUAUGUUGCAACAACUACAAAUCUGUUGGACUUAGCUUCAGUUUUUUGGUUCUGUUUGUAGAAGAUGUCCAACAGAUUUAUAGUUGUUACAACAAGUUAUACACUUGUCGCAACAAGUAUACAAUAUGUUGCAACAACUAUAAAUCUGUUGGACAUUGCUUCAGUUAUUUGGUUGUGUUUGUAGAAGAUAUACAACAUCUUAAUCACUUAUUCAACAACUGAAGAAUCUGUUGCAACAACCUAUUCACUUGUUGCAACAGUUACAUAAUUUGUUGCAACAAAUUCUUCAGUUGUUGGGGAAUUCUGUUACUUGUUGUAUUUUGUUUGAUCAAAUGCUGCACUUCUUAUUAUCUGUUCAAGUAUUGUUAUUGCAUCUUUUAGGUUCUUCCGAUGUUGUUCAUGACGUCGGAUGCCGGUCACGUCUAGAGUGGGUUUUGGGGUGUGAUAAAAUUUCAAACAUAUUUAUUAAAAUUCAAACUCAAAAUAGUGAAAACAAUUUAAUCAAUUGAUAGGGGUAUUUUACUCCAUUAAAUUGAGAAAUAUGAUUCAUUGAAUAAAUAAUCAAUUACAUCUCAGUAUUAUAGUUUAUUUGACUUUAAAAUUGCAAUUACUUUCAAAAUUGGUUAAAAUUGAAAUUGUCAAUGAAAUUACGUGUUAAUUGUGGUCACUUUUGAGAUGAUUAUUUAAUUUCUACACUUUAAAUAUGGGUACGACUGAAAUGUUUGACUUAUAAGUUGAGAUUUCAAUUACGACCAUCUUUUGCAAAAUUGUCCCUUUCCCCUUCAUAAUUCGUGAGUUACAUGAAUUGGGCAGCAAGCCUAUUCCUUUCACCGGGACCCGGCCCAACAUCCCUUAUAUCACUACAAUAUACCCAGAGCCCGUUUGGAUUGGCUUAUAAGUUGGCUUAUAAGCUGUUUUCAGUUUUUUUGAGUGUUUGGCUGACCAGCUUAAAGUCAUUUUAUGCUUAAAAUAAGCUUAAAAAAAUAAUUGGACCCAUUUGCAAAAAAAAUAAGUUGGACUACCCCAACUUAUUUUUUUAAGCUUAUAAGCUGCAAACAACUUUAAGCUGUAAGCCAAUCCAAACGGGCUCGCAAACGCCCCUCUCAUUUUCCUUUUUUGUAGAAAAGGGUCGAAACCCUAGCCGCCGGAGAGAUAAAUUUCUCCCUUCGUCACAUAAAAUAUUCAGGUAUUUACAGUUUUGAUCAGUGUUGUCAAGGCAUUUUGGGCAAGAGCAAUUAAUGCUCUUUCUCUCUCUCCUCCACUCUACCGCAUGUCAACCAUAUAUGAAGGAUCUCCAAUUUCAAUCUCGACCAAAGGCUGCCCUUAAAAAAGGUAAAGACGGUUAUAUAACCUCCCAUUGGUAUCUCUGUGUCAAAUCUCUUGGUGCCACUUUCCUAUUUCCUACUGUUUUAUCAAACUCUGCAAUUGUUCUUCGCUUUUUUGCCAAGGUGCAGUGGAAUCAAAUCCAAAUGAAUCUUCUUCAGGCUAUCAAAACUGGAAUGCACUCUUCCAACUUCAGCUUUUACUCCUUGGAAAGCAGUUUCAUUCUAAAAGAACUUAAACCAUUAUAUGAGCAAUCUGCACCACAAGCAGUUCCAACCUAAUGGAAUGAACAUCAAAGAUGUUAAUACCACCAUUAAGGUCAGUUCUACAUAUGAUACAUUUUGCCCAUACAAACUCUAGGCUAACUACUUUAACUGUCACCUGUACCAGAUCAGCAGUAUCUGAACAUAGCACCUCUUUAGGCUGGUGCUCUCCUUCUGUAAGUGCAGCUUGAGAAGGGCAAUGA